AUGCGUUGGUGUUUCAGUGGAGGUCAUAGUUCACCACCUCCGCCACCACAACGAAAGUUUAUUAAUCCAUCGAUAUUAUCACUGAAUGCAACACCUGGUUCAUCAUCAAGUUCAAAUGAAUUUACCUCAAAUGAUGAUGAUCACAAAUGGCUUAAAAAAACAGAAAAAUCAGAUUCGCUUACAACAAAAACAUCAAAUUAUCCAUCAUUUGCAUCAAAAACAAAAUUUGAUAAUCGAAAUAUUUCAACUUCAUUAAAUGAUGAUGAAAGUGAUAAUUUACAAAAAUCAAUUAGGAUGGAUAGCAACGAUAAUUGCUUGGAUAGUGUCACAAGAAAGCUUCAAAAAAUAGGAACAAUCUCAAUGGAUGAUUCAUCAUCAUCAUCACUGUUAUCAUCACCAUCAAAAUUUGCUACAGGCAAAAAUUUUGUCUCAAAAAAAUCUAACCUUAAAUGGUCAACAAAUUUGAAUUCCGGUACAACUGGUACCAUUGAUGUACAAAAUAAUUGUUGUUCAGGUAAUGAAUUUGAAUCGGAUAGUGCUGUUAUUGUUAAUACAACAAUUAUUCCACAUGAUGAACUCAGUUCUUCAUCACCAUCAUCAUCCGGAAUUGUUGCCGAUAUGAAUGAUUCGAACGGUGAAAGUAAUCAGCGAACCUCAGCAACAUCAUCACUAUCAUCAUGUGAACAAUCAUCAGAUUUAAUUGAAUCUAAUUAUGAUACUUCACGUAUGGGAAGAAUAUAUCGAUCACGGAUCGAUGAUCCAAAAGAUCAGCAACAAAUAGCAGAUCAUUUCAAUGAUUUGGAAGGAAUAGCUCUAACUCAACGUCAACAAUUUGAACAAUCUAAUCCACUGAUGACAGUAUCAGACGAAAAAGCUGAAUCAAGCAGUAAAUCUACUUUACAAGAUAAUUUCAUCAAUUGUAACACUGUCACAUGUCCAGGUGAUCUGAAAAUGACCGGUAGUACAGAGCAACGAUUUAAUCUUUCACUCAAUUUGAAUAAUCAACGAGAUUUUAUGCAUAGGAGCUCAUCAAUACCACCUGAAAGUAUGCUUGGAAAUAAAUUUACCUUAAAUGAUCAUUUCAAGUGCAGCGAAAGUAUCGCACCUGAAUUAAUAAAUCAACGUCGUUCUUUGGAAAGUAGCAAUGGAAAUAAUUCAACAAAUGAGGAAAAUAUUAAGAAACAAAUUAUUUGCUCAAAACUUGUUGAAUAUUAUCGAAAUAUUGAAAAUAGCGUUGAGCAAUUAGAUAAGUUUACGGCGACAAAUUCAUGGCGACAACCGCAUAUUUUGCAACAAUAUAUUUUUGAUAUUAAAGAAUACAUAGAAAUGAUUACAAUUUCAAUGAAUUAUUUUCUUAAUGUCGCAUGUCAUAUUAUAGUUGACAUUACUAAUCCAAAAGGAGAAGAAUUGAAGCAAUUACUUUUACCACUGAAAAGCUCUACUGCUAUUAUAACACAAUUAAAGCAAAAUUUGGACAAUACCGGUUGGGCGCUUAGUGCUCUGUCACGACCACGUAACGUUUAUGGUACAACACCAGGUAGUGAUGCUUUGGAUCAAUUUCUUGCUGUUAUCAAACAGUUACCAAUCGAUUGUUGCAAAUUGAUACAAUGGGCAUUACUGAUGGUACCAUCGUCAAGUGUUCAUUUCUUGACGAAUACUAUAAAUGAUUCUUUAAAUUCCAAUAACAUUACAACAAGUACUGAUCAAUCGUAUGAUGAUCCUUCAUUAAGAAUGUGUGAAACAAAUGGUAGAAUAUCAGUUGGAUUGGAUUCAAAAAGGCAAAUAGGAACAUCAAAUAAUUUAAUAAAUAUUUCAAAUUUAAAUGAUUCACAAACACCACAAUCAAUUUUAACUUCUCGUACAACUUUUGGUCCAUCAACUACAACAAUUGCUAAACAAAAUCGUGUAACAUUUGCGGAUGAUUUGACUACUUCACAUCAAUUAUCGAAUUCCAUUCUGGAAACUCAUGUUCUCGAAGAAGAUGAUUUAGAAUCAGUGAUCAGUGAUCGUGAUAGCUUUUAUCAGGAUUCAACAAUUGAAGGUGAUGAUAGUAUCGUAAGUCAUCGGAUGAGACCGAUAACAAGUAUACCACCAUUAGCAUUACUAAAUACAGAGGUGAUAAAAUCAUUAUCAAAAGAUGACAGACAAUUGAUUGAAUUUUAUUCACCACAAUUAGAUGCACACACUGAAUUCCUUUCCAAGGCAAUUGAAGAAUUCUUAACUGUAAUUGAAGAACAAAUGCCACCACAUGAAUUUGUUCAGAAAGGAAAACUGAUAAUACUUACUGCACAUAAAUUAAUUUAUAUGGCUGAUACAAUUGCGGAAUGUAUUUCAUCUGUCAAUGUUAGCCAAGAAGUGAAACAUGCAGCUGAUCGAUUGCUUCAUGUUUUGAAAACAUGCGUUCAAGCUACAAAGCAUGCCGCUGAUGAAUAUUUAUCAGUAUCAGCUGUACAAUCAAUGGCUAAUUGUAUUGUGACAGUAUCACGUGCUGCAUAUGAUUUGAAAUUAUUAGUGAAACAGUGUUGUAGUAAUGAUUAG